AUGCCUGAUGAAAUGCCUCUGGAGAUAAAGCAUGCCUCUAAUUUGCCUGAGAUCAAACUCCAGAGUGGGGAAAAUCUCAGACAACAUGAUAAGAUGCACACUUGUGAGCAGUCUUUUGAACCCAGUGGGAAAGAAAAAACUUUCAGCAGGAAGAAGAUAUUCCUUGUGAGAGAGAAAGUUUACACCAAUGAUGAAUGUAAUAAGCAAACUGUCAAUGUGGGAGAGUCUGUUCAGGUUAAAGAGAAAAUUUUAAGUAAAAAUCUUGACUUUGACAAUCAUCAACAACCACAAUCAGGAGAGAAAUCCCAUGAGCAUUUCCUGAGUGAGAAAUCACUUAUUUAUAAAGAAGAUGUCAAAGUCAAUGAGAUAACCCAAAAAGCAAAAAGUUGUUAUAUAUGUGGUUACUGUAAAAAGCCUUUUAACUAUAAAUCUUGCAUUAAUAGCAAACAUAGAAGUGAAAGUGGAGCAAAUUUCAAUGUGUGCAAUGAAUGUAAAGAAAACAUUGACCGGAAGUCAGAACUCAUGGGAGAUCAAAUCCUUGACACUGCAGAGAAGCCAUAUGAAUGUAAUGAGCAUGGAAAAGUCUUUCACCAGCAAAGAAUUCACACAGGGGUAAAAGCCUAUGAGUGUAGUGAGUGUGGAAAAGCAUUUAAACUGAAGUCAUAUCUAAUGGCACAUCGAAGAAUCCACACAAGGGUAAAAGCCUAUCAGUGUAGUGAGUGUGGAAAAGCUUUUCAUUAUAAGUCGGUCCUAAUCGCACAUCAGAGAUGCACACCGGGAUGCGAUGAAAUGAUCCAGAAUGGCCUGAGCCUAGAUCUUCCCCACAUGUAUACCAGGUUAUGGUUUGCACAAAAUCUGGCACUGAGAGAUGUUCUGAAGAAGGAGCCUGGGCAACCCCUCUGGCAGGACAAAGACACAGAAG